GGCACCGUCAGCCGGAGACACACGUCUCAUCUGGCUGGAGUCAUUCGCUGACGAGGCCCUGUCAUUUGUCCUGCAUCGAGCCGGAGACACUGAAUACAUUUGGUCGAUUCGUUUUUAGCCUGGACUUAACCAGGAAGUUGAAUUUAACGCGGGCGGUUUGUUUCACACUUGUCUCUGAGAGACGUGAAAUAAGCUUAUGCGUCUUAGGUCGAGCGCGCUUUUAUCGCCCCAUCGUGCACAGCGCUGUCGGAAAUCUACACUUCCAUCGAUGUGCACGAAGAAAAGAGUGAUGUGAUGUUCCAGUGAUGUGCGUUUUGGCAUCAUCUCAGCUCCUCCAGCAGUUCAUGGGAAAAAAAAAUGCUGAGGGGGAGGAUCUGAGGGGAGAGGACAGCAGACGUGCUUGGUACCAGGAGAGAAUGGAGGCAGCUGUGUCCUGUGUGUGCACAUAGGAGCAAUGAUAGAUUCUUCUGCUGCUGAGAAAACCUCUUCAUCGGCUGUUUGAGCUGAGCAGGCGUGACAGACUUGGCUUGGCUGCUUUGGAGAACCCGGUGGACAUUUCUGGAGUUGUUAGAUGUGGGGAAGCUGAGCUCAGUAGUCAGGCUGCAGCUAUGGUCUUUGAGGUGAGGUCUCCUCUCUCCUCUUCAGUGACCUCGCCGUUUGUGUCACCAUGCCGGACGACCCCACCGCCACUGUCCUCUACAUUGUCCUGGAGGUGCUGAUCGCCGUGUUCUCCGUGCUGGGCAAUGUCCUGGUCUGCUGGGCCGUGUGUCUCAACAGCAACCUGCAGACCAUCACCAACUUCUUUGUGGUGUCACUGGCGGUGGCUGACAUCGCUGUGGGGGUCAUGGCCAUUCCCUUCGCCAUCGUCAUCAGCACCGGCUUCUGCUCCAACUUCUAUGGCUGCCUGUUCAUCGCCUGCUUCGUGCUGGUUCUCACACAAAACUCCAUCUUCAGCCUGCUGGCUAUUGCUAUAGACCGCUACAUCGCUAUCAAGCUUCCACUCAGGUACAACAGUUUGGUGACAAGUGAGCGGGCACGAAGCAUCAUCGCCAUCUGCUGGGUUUUAUCAAUCGGCAUCGGUCUGACCCCUAUGAUGGGCUGGCACAAGUCGCCCGAAAGUGCCAACAGCACCUGCCCCCCUGGCCUGAUGAAGUGCCUGUUUGAGGCGGUGGUGGACAUGAAGUAUAUGGUCUACUUCAACUUUUUUGCCUGUGUACUGAUUCCUCUGCUGCUGAUGCUGGCCAUCUACCUGUGUAUCUUCAUGGCGGCUCGCCACCAGCUCAAGCUCAUCGAGGUGAAAGCGGUUCAUGGCGACAAGUCACGCUCCACGAUGCAGAAGGAGAUCCAGGCUGCCAAGUCUCUGGCCAUCAUAGUUGGGCUCUUUGCAGUCUGCUGGCUUCCUUUACACAUUAUCAACUGCUUCACCCUCUUCUGUCCUCAGUGUGACCGUCCUCCGCUCUGGGUCAUGUAUGUGGCUAUUAUUCUGUCCCAUGCAAACUCUGUGAUCAACCCCUUCAUCUACGCCUACCGCAUCCGGGAGUUCCGACAAACCUUUCGUAAGAUCAUCAGACGGCACAUCCUGGGCAAGCAGGAGCGGUUUGAGAGUGGCAGCAGUAAGCGCACCUCCAUUCACCACAGCAUCACUGACUCCAUCAGACUCAAGUCAGGUGACCUCAGGGGAGGGUGGUGGUGA